AUGGGUCCCGAUGAGGACCCGUACCAUGAAGAGAUCCCAGAACAGGACUUGCACUUCUACCAGCGCAAGGGCGCCAGACGGAAGCGGAAGCUCCCUGAGUUCAUUCCCAAGCAUGACCUCAAGAUCCUUGGGUCGGUCAAGCGGAAAGCGUACCGGUUGGAUUUGCAGCUCAGUCUCUGUGGACUUCGUAUUGGAUGGGCCGGGCUCAUUGGACUUAUACCGGGCAUUGGCGACGUGAUAGCGUUGCUUCUAGCCCUUCAGGUGGUGAAGAAGGCGCUGAAGAUCGAAGGCGGUUUGCCUCCAGGGCUCCAUCUGAAAAUGAUGGCCAAUGUAGCUUUCGACUUUGGUAUUGGUCUUAUCCCCGUGGUGGGCGAUUUCAUCAAUAUCUUGUACAAGUGUAACCUGCGGAACUUUGUGCUUUUGGAGAAAUAA